AAAACUAUUGAGCUCGCCGAACGUGUCGGUGGCCUUCGCGAAAUUCGCGUUCGCUCUAAAUAAUUCUAUUUUAUCCCACUUUUUUCGCAAUCAACUACGAAAGUGAUUUGAUUAUAUUUUUCCGAACGUAUUGUUUUGCUAAUUUCGAGAAAGUACGAGGUGUUAAUCGCAUUAAGUCGUAGUGUAUUUAUAAGUAGUUUAGUUGAGUGUUAUUGUUUACAAAACUUUGUCUGGAUCGCGAAGAAUCCCGUUUUGAUCACCAAAGAACAAAAACUGGCGACCAAUCUUGCUAUUAUGGCUGUCCCAAACUGCAACUCCGAGACCACGGUACAGGGUGAAAUGAGCCUUGUUAUUUGAGAUUCAGAGUACAGUUCUGCGUGCAGAACGGAACAGGAAGGCAUGUUGAAGGAACGAGAGAGUUCGGAAGAUUCCCCCGCAGCCCCUGAUGAGUGCGCAGGGUGCGGGGGACGGAUUCAAGACAGAUACUAUCUGCUAGCAGUAGACCGGCAGUGGCAUGGCAGUUGCCUCCGGUGCUGUGAAUGUCGACUGCCACUCGACACCGAGCUCACCUGCUUCUCCAGAGACGGCAAUAUCUACUGCAAAGAAGACUACUACAGAUUAUUCUGCGUGAAGCGGUGUGCUCGAUGCGGGAAUGGAAUCACUGCGAAUGAGCUGGUGAUGCGUGCAAGGGAUCUCGUCUACCACCUGACCUGCUUCACUUGCGUCUCCUGUGGAACCCAGCUGUCCAAGGGAGAUGUCUUCGGCAUGAGGGACGGCCUCGUCUACUGCCGUCCUCAUUAUGACAACGCGUGCCUCGAUGACUACUGUGAUGAGGAUAUGACCAGCAUUUAUAGGUGCCAAGACCUGCAUAGUGAGGGCGACUCUCCGUCCCAGUACUUCAAUGGAGCUCCCAGUCAAAAGGGACGACCCCGAAAGAGGAAGAUCGCCCAAGGUUCUCCAGAUGACAUGCAGGUCCAGACCAUGAGGAUGGCCAGUACAGCUCUAGAGAUACUUCACCGAGGUGACCUCUCGUCUUCAAUGGAGUCGUUGGCCUACGACUCAUCAGUUGCUUCACCUGGUAGCGUAUCCAGCCACACACAACGUACCAAACGAAUGCGUACAAGCUUUAAACACCACCAGCUAAGGACCAUGAAGUCAUACUUCGCAAUCAACCAAAACCCUGACGCUAAGGAUUUGAAGCAGUUGGCACAGAAGACUGGACUCUCCAAACGUGUUCUGCAAGUCUGGUUCCAAAACGCCCGUGCAAAAUGGCGCCGUAACAUGAUGCGUCAGGAGUCCAGCAACGGCGGUCCUGGCCACUCCAAUGGGUCAAUCAUCCAAGGAUCCGUCUCCCAACCCAACGCUGGACCCAGCAGCAUGCUGCUGUCGGAACCAAUGCCACCGAUGGAAGAUAUGAGGGUCCACACUCCACAUCCUCACCCCAUGACGUUUAAUGAGCUAUAUUGACAAAUCCAGAACGAAUACCUUCAAGCGGUGGGUGGACAGAACGAGGUAUAAGCAUGUAUAAAGAAAGUAAAAUUAGGUCUUUUGGAAUGGGGAUUCAUGCAAUUGAUAGUGUAGGGAGUGGAAGGUAUUUAAAACAUAAAUAAGAUGUAAAAAAGGAAAGAAAGGAUUUUUGAAAAUUUUCUUAAAGACGUAUUUGGAUUAUCUACUGGAUUACACAUCAGACAGUAAAAUUAAAACUAAGUACAUGACAACUGUGUGGUCGUCUUUAGCCAGUAUUAAAUUAACUACAUGAUUACAAAUUCAUUACACGUAAAUAUCUUCUUUUAUUAACAGCUGAUAAUGUUUAAAUGAAGACUUUAGGUCUCAGUAAACUUCAAGACUAGUGUUUGAAUAUUGAACUAGACUUUUACAGUACAUUUGUAGGAAAUAAGCGAUGAAUAGAUUUUGUGAACUAGUUUAUAAAAUUAGAUCUCUACUUAAAUAACUCUUCAUCUUCAAUAAGAAGUCAUGGCAUUAAGUACUUUCCUAUGUGUUUUGUAAUAUUAUUUACUUUACAAGUGUGAAUAACCGCAUCUCAUAAUUUUGUAGAAUAUAAUUUUCUCUUAAUCAUAGUUCCUAAUAAAUAUUUUGUAGUACCAUUAUUAUUAUUUAGCUUAGGUUAGGCUUUAUUCAUAAUUAUUUUAUCCUCCUUGUAUUUGUAAAUAUUGGAAGUUGUUUUAUCGUCAACGAAUUAAGAAUUUUCAUAAACGUCAGAAUGAAUGAAAUAAGAAUGUAUAUCGUAUAAGGGGGUGCCAAUAUAGGGUGUUCAAAUGUUCAUGUUUCUGUAAAAUUUUACCAUCGUUCCCCUCCAGCUCGUUAUAUCGCAUCAGAACAUUCUGGUGUGCUGUUAUCAUGAAACUUGAUGCCUGACCUCAUUGUAGUCUCCGGUAUCACCCUAACAGCACUGGACGUUCCCAUCUUUAGUCGAUUAUCUCAACCAGAAAACUUUAUGACUUGCAUUUACUGACUCCAGAGCAUUUACUAUCUAAAUCUACUACAAGAUUGUGUAAUAAAUUUUAAUACUUAUAGUCAAUUCUGCAAUUUCUGUAGUAAGAAAUUUUCCUUGAAAUCAAUCAAAUAUGUAGUCACAGUGUGAAUGAAAUAUUUCUUCUUUUAUCAAUCGUUCCACAUAGUAACCAUUGGUAGGUGUAACAUUUAGCUCUAGAUAAAAUAACAUUAAUAUAUUAUGUAUAUCAAUGUAUUAUAGUGGUAGGACUUUUUUUCCUAUGUGUAUUCAUCAUGAAACUCAAUGUUUUUUGAGCAAAACUGUAAACCAUUUUUUGUAUCCAAAAAUUUGAAACUAUUCUGACUAACUGCUUAUCUUUUACUAGACGUUUGUGUAAUUAAUAGACCGGGCUUAUUCCAGACAUGGCUACAUUUCCUCACACAUAACUAAACCCAAAUCCUUUUUCUUAACAUUCGCACCUUCGGUCGUUUAACUAACAACGCAGUCAAUAAUAACUCUAAACCUGAGUGAAUUAAGAACGAUUUCCAAAUCCCUAUCAAAUACUCCAUGCUAAAACGAGAUACCUUCCAAAAUGUUUCUAUCUCUUUCUGGCACAAUAAUAUAAUCGAUGCUAAGCUAAAAGACUAUCGAAAUCUCGUACGGAGGUACGAAGGAGAUGUGUACAUACGUACUUACAUACUACAUUAUAUGUAUGUUUUGUCACGUAUUGGAAAAACUGGGAGAGAGACCGCAGCGGCAUUGUGUAGUAUAUCAAAUCGAACUAAAAUUUAUUUAACAGUUCCAUAGAACAAUUUAUUGAUCAAUAUCUUAAAGAAAAUGUAAAUAAUUGUAGUUUGUGUCAGCCUCGUUGGAUCGUACCCGUCAAUUUUAAAGAAACAGUGUGAUUUAUAAAACUUAUUUUAACCCUUCGAUAUUUAUCUUCUCUAUUAAUGCUUUUUGUAAUUUAUUAGAAACUGAUGUACUUAUAACAAAUGAACGUAUGAUAUCAUAAUCUUAACACAGUGAACGCAUCGAUUCUAUACGGUACCUAGAAUUUGAGUAAUUUUCCCUAAGGGUCGGUUCAUAUUGGCGGAAAAUGCGCCACGCGUUGCUAUUAGAAUGCCAACUAGAGACGCGCUGCGGUACGCUCGACGCAUAUAACGCAUCACCAGCUAAGUGUGAAAGAUUGAAAUUAUAAUAUACAAUAAUAUGUAUGUAGCCUGUUACCAGUAUCGUUACAGUAUUGUAAUGAUAAUACGCGACACAUUUUCCGUUAUAUAUUUAAGGCAAGGAUACACCAGGAAUGUCGUGGGAUAUAAAAAAAAUACAAGUAAAUGUAAGCACAAUGCGUUUUUAUACGAUUAUUACACGUACCCAUACAUAAUGUAAUUACAUAGCCAUUUCAAAAUCUUAACCUGUAAAGUAUAAACUUAAAUUCAUAAGUCCAUGGUAACUCGUGUAAUCUUAAUAAACUUUAAUUAUAACAGUUGUAAAACCUUUGGAUUGAAGCUGUUAGAUAUAAUGAGCAUUUAAUUUUUUUCGUAGCUUGAACAAAAGUAAUAAAAUAUUUCUGUAUAAUCUGUACGCAGCGAGUUGACGUUUUAAAACGUCAAAGUGACAGCUGACAGUUCACUGUGUCUGUCAAAUCCCGAUUGACAACCAAAAAGAUGCAUAGGUAUGUUGACGUAUUAUGUUGAAAAUUUUAAUAGCAAAUCUUAUAGAAGGCUUUUCAAACAAAUCCGAAUAUCUUUGUAUAAGUAUGUCUUAAUCGCUCGAAAUUGCAGUGCAAUGUAAAAUCUUCACCAUUUUAUUACUAUUUAAUCUUCUAUAGAAUAUAUUCCCGAUAUUUAGAUGAUAAAAUGUAUAUAAAUAGUAUAAUAAUAUAUGUAUUUAGAUGUAUAACUUUAGGUGCCAGGUAUAACCCGGUUGGACCGGCCCACUGCCAAAAUUGUUAAAAUAUCCUAAGAAAUUGAUAUAAUGUAUCUGGCCAUUAUUUUUGGCAGUCAAUUUUUAAAUUCAAAAUUACAACGAUUUUAAAAAGCAUAUUAGGGUGUGGUCACAGUGACAGUUGGUGAUUUGCAGCGAGUUUCUACUUUGUCGUUUGCAAACACCCUGUGUAGUAAUUUGAUGUAUGAGAUUGAAGAUUUUUCGUGUUAGGGAAAGAAAAUUGUACUUAAUAUUAUGACACUUAAAACUCAAUAUUAGAUCAUACUAGAUAUCAGCACAUUUUUUACCAAACUUGAUAAUUAGAUACAUCCCUAUAAAAGCAACCACACCCUUACAGUGAAAAUUGGUGUCGAGCCGAGUCUCAUACAAUGUUCCUUUUAAUUUAUUUUAGCAUAGGACUAAUGUAUGUCACAGUUUUUGAUUUGAUGCAGUGCAGUUUAAUUGCUAUGUCGUAGGACUAAGGAUCAAAAUGCUAACACACGAAUAAUUUGCAGGAUUUCCGUUUUGGUAUUGUUCUACAAUUGCACUUUUGGGAGAAAUGUUCUUCACAAUAUUACAUUGCUGUGUAACUAAAUUAAAUACUAACAGUUUUUUAUAGUUUGAACACGGAAAAUUCGCUGCACCGAAAGAAAAUAGGAGUAAAAAAAUGUAAAAUCGACACAAUAUGUGAAUCACAGCUCAUUUGACAACGAAUUGUAUUUAUUGUUAAUCCGUCAAUAAGUAACAAAAAAGUCCUUCCAAAAUGUAAGCUUAUUUUUGGUGGGUCAUAAUGUAAAUGUUGUGAUUGUACUAAGCGUACCCUCCACUAGCGCUGUAACGAAUUUUCUUGGACAAGCCAUUAUCGAAGGUUUUUUAAAAUAGUGUUUUGUUAUUUAAGUACUAAGGUAGAUUUCAGAAUUUCCCGAAUUUUGUUUGUAUAUUUUUUAUCUAUUUAUUAGUUAUGUUAAUCAUUUAUUUUUGUAUUUUACUGUGAAAUUAUUUUAAAUAAAAAUCUAUUUGUUUUAAUAUAAUUUCGGCGUUAUGUGUAUUAUAAUUGGGUUCGUUUUUGUAUGUUUUAAAAAGUUAUUCAUUUUUUUAUUUAGACAAGUACUACUUACAUAUAUUGUUUAUGUUAUAAUUUACCUAUAUUAUAAUUAUUUCCGUCAAUACUUAAGACACAUUGUAAGUAGUUUUCGAAAUUAAGUAUUAGUGUUUAGAGUGUAGAAUUUAGUCUUAGAAAAACAUAUUUAUACACGAAAAUGAUUUAAUAUAUUGACAUCACAUUA